AUGAGUAGUAUUCUCAAAAAGGGGAAAACUUUUAUCCCCAAGAUCAAAAAACCGGUCAAGAAGAAGCCCGCAUCCAAACUAUCUACAAAUCAAGCAUCCACUCAGGAAAAUGCAACUCCAGCGCAAGCACGGACCGAGCACGUGGUGGGCCAUAGACAUGAAGAAGACGAACAAAGCCCACAGGAUCAAGCUAGCAAGAUCCAGCUUGCGACACCUCCGAGCACCCAAGUCGACCCUCAUACCCCUAAUCCACAGUUUCAUUUUGGCAAGAGCAUUUCCAAUGUGUCUGCAAGCACAGCCACGAGACAUGAAGAAGCGGUCGACCCUACGGAUAAAGCCAAAGUCGUGGAUUCUGCAGUUGCGGACACAUCUGAUGAAGAAGAAGGAGAAAAACAGGAAGAAGAAAGAGAUGAUGAUAAUGAAGGGAGACGAGGUGCGGACGCUAACAAAAUAGGUCAAGCUGCCAGUCGUAGAGUCUCGGUGAGCCAAAGACGGCUAUCGGGGAUAAAUCAAGUGGGGUACCGUAGUCGAUCGGCAUCGGUGUCGUUGAAGCCCAAUGACGAGGCACUCCCAUCCACCAAGAUCAUUGUGCCUCAAACAAAGAGAGCGAAACGGAGAUUGCUGACAUCGCGUCAAUUACGAAGGCGGUCGUCCACGACUCGCCGCUCCUCAACCGCUCUGGCAGCAGCAGCACCAAGUGCAAAACCUUCAACGGCAAAGUCCUCCAAGGUGAUAGCCCCAGCGGCGGCGGCAGUACCUGUACCAAUCAAUUCUGAUCAGCAGGCUGAGCAGGAAAUAAAUGACCAAAGCUUGGAGCAAGGCUGGGACAGGGAAAAAGUGAGCGAUACCUAUGUUCUUGGGAUUGAUCCUGCAACGAACAAGGUUCGCAAGUUUAGGAGAAAAAACGCUCGCAAGGCAGUGUGUGUCAAGCAUGCCGAUGGUUUCAUGAGGGCAGAAGACAUCACUCUCGAUGACAUCAUACCGGAGGAGCCUGAUAAUUUAAUCACGACGGUCACGGAUGUCAGCCAAAUACCGCGCAAUAUCAAAGAGGAAGACUUGGAUCUAUAUUCUGAACUCAAUUACCAAUACGAAGAAAUGACUAUGGCCGAUUUAUGCAAACCCACAUUGAAAAUAGGACAGGUGAGCUCGAAUUUCCAACUAGUGCAGGAGGCAGAGCGAGAAAUCAAGCAGAGAAAAAUCCAGCGAAGGUUGGAUAGGGAAAGGGCCAGACAAGAGCGAAUCCCACUUGAGGAAGCCAUCUUGAGAAACGAGGGUAAAUCGGAAGACGAAAUCAAAGCGGAACAGUUGGCAAAUAACGGCAAGCUGAAGAGCACAGACAUACUGCAGCUCGAGUACGAUGACGAGCCAGCUGCGUCAAGUGCUUUGCAAUUGACGUUGGUGGAUGGCAAGAUUGGUUAUAGCGAGGAGUCGGCGGUGGUUGUCAAGCAGCGAGCGGACACUUCGAACCGGACCGUGGAGCAAGCCAACCCAUUUGCAAAUCCAGUCAUGUCGUCAACCUACGGCAAGCAAACCAACAAUGACAAGUGGACCGCGGUCGAGUUGCAUGAGUUUUACAAGGCCCUCAGUAUGUUUGGUACGGAUUUCUCUUUGAUAUCGCAAAUGUUCCCCCACAGGACGCGGAAACAGGUCAAGGCCAAAUUUGCAUUGGAAGAGCGGAAAUACCCCGAGGUGAUUGAACUAGCGUUGAGGCGUAAAUUACCAGUUGAUUUCGCCGAGUACUGCAAGAAUGUGAACAACGAGUUUAAGACCAUUGAGCAGUACAAUGAGGAUUUGAAGAGGGUAAGACUUGAACACGAGGAGAAUAUGAAUGCCAUUGCUAUUGAACGCGAAAAAGCAUUUAGAGAAGACGCGGAAGCUAGUAGAAAGAGGGAAAUCGAAAUUAGAACUGGUACUAAACCAAUGACGAGGGCUGAAAAAAUGAGAGAAUUGCGCAAGAACGAAACUGUUUUGGGUUCAAUUGACGAUAUUAAACGCCAAAGGGAAGAUAUAGGCGUUCCUGCAACAUAA